AUGGGCUACCCCGAGGUGGAGCGCAGGGAACCCCUGCCCGCGGCAGCGCCGCGGCAACGCGGGAGCCAGGGCUGCGGCUGUCGCGGGGCCCCUGCCCGGGCGGGCGAAGGGAACAGCUGCCGGCUCUUUCUGGGUUUCUUUGGCCUCUCUCUGGCCCUCCACCUGCUGACGUUGUGCUGCUACCUAGAACUGCGCUCCGAGUUGCGGCGGGAACGGGGAGCUGAGUCCCGCUUCAGCGGCCCCGGUACCCCUGGCACCUCGGGCACCCUGAGCAGCCCCGGUGGCUUCGACCCCGACGGUCCCAUCACCCGCCACUUCGGGCAGCGGUCCCCGCAGCAGCAGCCGCUGGAGCCGGGAGAAACUACGCUCCCCCCAGACUCCCAGGAUGGGCACCAGAUGGCCCUUGUGAAUUUCUUCAUCCCUAAAGAAAAGUCGUACUCUGAAGAGGAAAGUAGGCGUGUUCGCCGCAAUAAAAGAAGCAAAAGCAGUGAAGGAGCAGAUGGUCCUGUUAAAAACAAGAAAAAGGGAAAGAAGGCAGGACCUCCUGGACCCAAUGGCCCCCCAGGACCUCCAGGACCUCCAGGACCCCAAGGACCCCCAGGGAUUCCAGGGAUUCCUGGGAUUCCAGGAACAACUGUUAUGGGACCACCCGGCCCUCCAGGUCCUCCUGGUCCUCAAGGACCCCCUGGCCUCCAAGGACCUUCUGGUGCUGCUGAUAAAGCUGGAACUCGAGAAAACCAGCCAGCCGUGGUGCAUCUACAGGGCCAAGGGUCAGCAAUCCAAGUCAAGAAUGAUCUUUCAGGUGGAGUACUCAAUGACUGGUCUCGCAUCACCAUGAACCCCAAGGUGUUUAAGCUACACCCCCGCAGUGGGGAGUUGGAGGUACUGGUGGACGGCACCUACUUCAUCUAUAGUCAGGUAGAAGUAUACUACAUCAACUUCACUGACUUUGCCAGCUAUGAGGUGGUGGUGGACGAGAAACCCUUCCUGCAGUGCACCCGCAGCAUUGAGACAGGCAAAACCAACUACAACACUUGUUAUACAGCAGGUGUCUGCCUCCUCAAAGCCCGGCAGAAGAUCGCCGUGAAGAUGGUGCACGCUGACAUCUCUAUCAACAUGAGCAAGCACACCACCUUCUUCGGGGCCAUCAGGCUGGGCGAAGCCCCUGCAUCCUAG